AUGAUCUAUAUAAAAUGCUUCACGCUUAUUUCAUUUACAAUAAUUAUCUAUGGAACAUUUGGACAAUAUUAUAAAAUAUGGAGCGAAUAUCCACGGUCAAUUCUACAAAAUGAAGAAAGAUUAACAAAACGUCCUUGGACUUUACGUGACCCACUGAAUUGUUGCUUGGAUAAUGCUAAAUGUUGUAGGCGUAAAAGGUACUUUGGAAGAAAACUGGAUGAAGAUGACGAAGAUGAAUUUGGUUUGACACGGGGAAAACACGUUUGGAAAAAUCGUGUAUAUCAGAUUAGAAAUCGAAUGAAUCCACUACUGAUAAAAAAAAUUUACUCAUGAAAGAAUGAAUAAGUAUUGAGUUCUAAAAACGUUAUUACUAUAUUGUGUAUGUAUCUGUCUAUCCAUAAAUAUCUUAAAAUAAACAUUUUUUAAACAUUUCA